GAAAAAAGUCUUUAAUGCAGCCAGGGUCAAGGUGUGUGCAUGUGGGUUGCAGGUGUGUCAGGAGUCCCCGUCAGUAAUCCAGGUCACCUGAUGGGACAAAACAGGAACCAGCAGAAAGAAGCCGGAGAACAGCUCCAUCAGAAAUAACCAGGAGAGGGAGACAAAGGAACAGAGACCCAAUAAACCUUGAAAUUUGACUUCUUUAACACUUAAAUUUCUUAUACAUUUCUCCCUUUCAUGUACUCUUUAAAGUGGUUUUGACAGAAACGAUUUUUAUUAUGGCCCGUAGCACCAGUCUACUGACUACAAGGACCAUAUUAUUUUUUUUUAUAUAAUUCUACUUGUUCAUCUUAGCCUUUCUACGCCAUCAACACACACUUGUUAACACAUAUUCCCAUAGCUAUAAAUUGUUAAUAAUAAUAAUAAUAAUAAUAAUAGGGAAAUAUUAUGACAGGAUUUAUAUCAUUUUUAACCCGAGAUUUUUUUUUUAUUGAUUUUCAUUUAGACCAAGAAAUGUUUUUUUGAUAAAUGCUUCUGAUAAACAUUAACAUGAAUGGUUAUACAACAUUUUCAUAGCCAACAUUUUUUGCUGACUAAAUAUAAUUACUUUUCCCCCUCCUUUUUCAUAAAAAACAAAAAACAAAACGAAAGGAAUUUCGUACACAUGAGGCCCCAGCGAGGAUCGAACUCGCGACCCCUGGUUUACAAGACCAGUGCUCUAACCACUGAGCUAUGGAGCCAACCAUCCCGCGCGAAAUAUUUUUAGGUAUUUAAUGAUAAAUACCCAGUUUUUGUCUUUUUUUUUUUUUUUUUGCUUUCUGUUUUAUUGAGGAGUUACAUAACAUUUAGUGCGUAUAAAAGGAAUGUCGUUGGUUUGAGGAACUUAACCAAAAGUCCUCGAGGAUACGCUGCCCGGGAAACCUGUACUGUCAUGGCGUUCUUCAACCUUUUUUAUGGUUUGCUUUCGAAUGCACUUUCAGUGCUUUUAAUUCUCCUUCUCGUCGCGUUUUUGGCUUACUGCUUGUAUAUCAAGUACACUCACAUAAAAUAUGACCACAUUCCCGGACCACCGAGAGACAGUUUCCUUUUUGGACAUUCACCAACAUUUCUGAGGAUAAUGAAAGACGGAGGAGUAGUGCACGACAAACUCUUGGAAUGGGCAGAGAUUUAUGGACCUGUUUAUAGAGUUAAUGCUCUGCAUUUCGUUUUGGUGAAUGUCACCUGUCCAGAGACCACAAAGGAAAUCCUGAUGUCAGCAAAGCACCCAAAAGAUAAAUUCCUCUACGAGAAGCUCUUUUAUUUGUUUGGUCAAAGAUUUUUGGGCAAUGGACUGGUAACAGCACGAGAUCAUGAAAUGUGGUACAAACAACGCCGGAUCAUGGACCCUGCUUUCAGCAGCUUAUAUCUGAGAGGUUUAAUGGGAACCUUCAACGAGACAGCAGAUAAAUUGAUGGAAAGCCUUUCAGAAAUUGCUGAUAAGAACAUGGAAGCAAACAUGCUCCACCUUGUAAACUGUGUUACUCUCGAAGUCAUCACUAAGGUUGCUUUUGGUAUGGAUCUGGACCUCCUGAACAAGACGUCCCCCUUCCCAAAAGCCAUUGAGACUUGCCUUAAAGGGAUGACGUACUACGUCAGAGACAGUUUUUUUCAAUUCAAACCAAAGAACAGACCCUUUGUGAAGGAAGUGAGGGAAGCCUGCCGUCUGCUGCGCUCAACCGGAGCCAAAUGGGUUCACCAAAGAAAAACUGCAAUGCAAAAUGGUGAAGAAGUCCCAAAGGACAUCCUCACGCAGAUCAUUAAAACGUCUGCUGCAGAGGAAAACAUGACUGAAGAAGAUGAAGAAUUCAUGUUGGACAAUUUUGUGACUUUUUUCAUUGCUGGGCAGGAAACAACGGCAAAUCAACUGGCUUUUUGCAUCAUGGAGCUUACAAGACACCCUGAAAUCCUGGAGAAAUUGCAGAAAGAGGUGGAAGAAGUCAUUGGGAUGAAACGGGAAAUAAGCUAUGAUGACCUUGGGAAGUUGAUCUACCUCUCACAGGUUCUAAAGGAGACUCUGAGAUUGUAUUCAACAGCACCAGGAACCUCCCGAGAACUUGCUGAAGAAAUCACCAUAGAUGGAAUUCGUAUUCCUGUCGGAACCAAUUUAAUGUUCAGCUCCUAUGUGUGUGGAAGACUGGAGAAGUUCUUUGAGGAUCCACUAAAAUUUGAUCCUGACAGAUUUCACCCUGAUGCUCCAAAGCCUUAUUACUGCUACUACCCCUUUGCCCUCGGUCCGCGCUCAUGCCUGGGACAGAACUUUGCUCAGAUGGAGGCUAAAGUGGUGAUGGCCAAGCUGAUCCAGAGGUUCAACUGGGAGCUGGUUCCGGGACAGACCUUUGAGAUUCUGGACACUGGGACCCUCAGACCAAAAUCAGGAGUUGUGUGUUCUGUUAAACACAGGAAGAACGACAUUUAAGUAAAAAGAAGAAAUCAUGAGAACAUGUGAUAAACACAGUUGAUCCUAAGUGUGUUUUUUGGAACAUCAGUCUUUAAAUAUUUUUCUUGCUCUGUUUUUAUGCUUUUCAAUGAAAUCAUCUUUUUUAUCUUUGAUUCUUCAAAUAAUGACCGCCUACUGUACACUCAAUGUCAGUUAAGUCAGUAUAUUAUUAAAAAUGUCUGCCUGUGCCUGCUGUUGAUCACAUGGGGGCGCUGUGGUCUUAAGCAUUUACUGAACUGCUCUGUACAUUUCAUUUACUUACAUUAUUUCAAAGUUUUAAAUAAAUGAAAUUAUUAAGGAAAC